AUGGCAGCUGUAGAAAUCCCUUCGCCAAUCUCUGUGCAAAACAUCAAAUUGCAAGACACAGUCCAGGAUUCUAUACAUAUUUCAGAACCUGUUGAAACCGGUUCGACCGUCGACGAUGACAAAGAUGCCUCUACUUUCACCGAUGAUGUGGGAGGUGUGCCUUCCACGACAGCGACAUCAGAAGAGUCUCAUGAAGCUGGCAAAACUGCUAGCACCAAUGCAGGCCAUCCUUCCCCUGAGACCGAGAUUCUCAAAGAGAAGCACAGAGAGAGAAUUCUCAUGGAACGUCUCGGUUCUGCUAUAAACAAAGCGAUCGCAACCAAUUCAGAAGACGCCACUGGCUUAAAUGUAGUGACAGGCAAGAGAAGUGAGCAACGCUAUAUCAAAGUAAGGUUCGGUGAUUCCGAACUUCUCGUCGUGCCAUGGACAGCAUGCCACUCUUGGCGAGCCAUGGAAGCACUUCUAAUGGAAUGGUAUCGCGAAGAUGAAGACACUUUGCGUGACAUCAGUAAUGGCGACAUCACCAUCUUCCAUAGAGUCAAUGGCUAUAUACAUCCGCAAACAUGGGAAGAGGUUAUCGAACAUGAUUCUCAAAUUGAUUUUUGGACUCACUCUGCGUAUGACUCGGACGGCUCGGACGAUUCAGACGAGCCAGAAAGCAAAGAAUACGAAAGCAGUGUGCAGUAUGUUGUCAACUUCCGACGAAGUGAGGCCGACGGCAAAGAGUACUUGAUUGCAACGAACACAUCCAAAGAACCUGUGGAGUUCGAGGUUGCAGAUAGUAAUGACAGACUACCUGCAUUACAAGAGAUCAAGAAUAUUUUGUCACCACAUUAUCAGAACACAACAACAACCGGGGACAUGACCGAUGGUAAGAAGACGAAGCUUGGAACCCAUGAUCGAGUCACCAGCACAAGCCUGAGGAUUAACUCUCAGUAUCUUCUCAACAUCCUCAAAUCUGCGAUCUCGUAUACGGAGAUGUCAGAUGAGCGGGACACCGAUCUAGUUACUGGGCUGUUCUAUUAUCCCUACCCAGAGCUCUUUCAUCACCUUCCAGACUUGCUCGAAUACCGGAAUGGAAAUACAGCUCUCCGUAACAAACACACAACUCUUUUCAACGAGAAGUUCGACGAGCACCUGAAUCUCCUGGAUGAUUACCUAAAUUCGAAGUCUGGGGUGCCGACAAAGGAGUUCAAAGCGCGUCUUGAAAGAAAAGUACCCACUGUCACGUUUGCCACGUAUUGGUUGCUGCUCAAGCCAGGAAGCCAGGUGUACGUUAGAGAUAAUGACGGAUCCCUCAAUGCAUAUAUACUAGAUGCGGUGGAAGGGGGUCCGUCUGAGCGUGCAGGAGAGAAGAUGAAUCGCAAUUAUAAGAUAAUUGUCUGGAACUUGGUGCUUGUGGGAAAAACCAUAUCGCCUGAUUACCGCACUGUCGAAGUCAAUGUCUUUGACAAUGAACGAGAUAUCGCCAGCCUCAAGGUUAUUCCUGCUCGCUUCAUUGACGAGAAUGACAAUGGCGAAUCUGAGAAGAGACUUGUUGAGCGUGGGAAACGCUACUUUGCUUACUCCAAAGCACCGGCGUUCCUGCAGUAUACGGGCAAAGGCCUAAAGGCUGGGAACAAGAUGUACAAACGUGCUCGUGUUGUCGUCGAACAUGACUCGUCGCCCUGGUCAAACGAGGGAUUCGAGAAGAUUGACCAUCAUUGGCCUGCAACAUACCCCAAUGGAGUUCGCGAGGCGACCCGCAUGGCGCGCUGCGAGUGCAAGGAUUGCCGAGUGUCCUUUGACUUACAAGAGACGUACGAUAAGAAACGAUUCAGCGAUUACCUCGAUAUCGUACCCGAUGAGAUCGAAGCGCUUGAGCGCCAACAAUAUAAAGUGAUGUCCUCUCACAUGUUUGCCUUUGUGUUAAAAGAUCGAGCAUACGAUCUAUUGGACGUUGAAGGCCUCGAACCAGCGAGCAUGGCUGAAGGCGCUAUCAGUAGCCUCGUAAUGGACGAUAACAACAAGGAGAUGAUCAAAGCCAUAGCUCGAACUUACACGGAUAGUGACCAGUCUUCAAGGUUCAGUGCAGACUUCAUUCAUGGUAAAGGCGAAGGCCAGAUCAUCCUGCUGCAUGGCCCUCCCGGUACCGGGAAGACGCUCACAGCUGAAUCCGUUGCUGAGUACACUAAACGUCCUUUGCUCAGCAUUACCGCAGCCGAUCUCGGUCACGAGCCCGAAGCGUUAGAGACGAGCCUCUUACGCUACUUCAAGAGGGCUAGCGACUGGGAUGCUAUAGUUCUGCUUGACGAGGCAGAUGUAUACCUUGAGCAGCGCACAACUCAUGAUUUGAAGCGCAACAGUAUUGUAUCUGUCUUUCUAAGGGCGUUGGACUAUUUCCAGGGCAUACUCUUCCUGACCACAAACCGUGUGGGGCACUUCGACGAAGCUUUCAUGUCACGCAUUCAUCUGUCGCUCGGAUACGAACCGCUCAGCGACAACGCACGGGACAAGAUAUGGGACAAUCUUUUCAAGAAGCUACAGCAGGAUCACAAACGUGGUGGACCUGAGAUCACCUAUGAGUAUGACGCCAAGAGAUAUGUCCAAAGUCGCGACGUUCAGGCUCUGGAAUGGAAUGGUAGAGAGAUUCGAAACGCCUUCCAAACCGCUGUGGCGUUGGCUGUGUUUGAUGCCAAGUACAAAACAAGCGGCAAAGUGCCAGAAGUAACAGAAGCCCACCUCAAGCAGGUUGUUUCGAUGUCUUCGGCGUUCCGAAAAUAUAUGACGGCAACGCAUAGCGGUAUGGAUGCCUCGUCCUGGGCGCAUAAGCAUGGUAAUCGCGAAGACAAGUAUCCGAGCACGCCGGGGAAGUAG